CAAAAAACAAAAAAAAAGAAAAGAAGAAAGCCCAGCAGCAGCUGCAAAUAAAUUUCACACACCAAAAAGAAAAAGGUGAAGGAGUGAGACAAACAACGAGAGAUACAAGAAGAAGAGAGAGAGAGAGGGGUAUUUAGAGUGAGAGUGUGUGAGAGAGAGAGAGAGAGAGAGAGACGGAAAGGAAGAGCGCCGAUUGGGAGGCAUCCGAUUUAGCACGACCAGGCCACGCAACGGUGAUGUGGGACACAUCCCGCAACGGGAAAUGCAACAACCCCAACGUUAUAUACCGUCUGUAUCUGAUCUAUAUGGGACGGACGAGAUAGAACUGCUGCUGGACGAGAUACGUGAGCUGGAGCUGGAGCCGGUCUGCUGUCAGCUGGACGAUGAGCAGGACUUUGAAAUAGCUGGCAGCAGGGCCGGUGAGCUCUCGCUCUCACUCGAAUCGCCAUUGGGUACGUGCACCUCAUGGGAUUCGCACGCCAACUACAAACAGCAACAACAAACGCCGCUGCCAUGGGGCGUUGCCCUACACUGUGAUCCGCAACACUUGAAAUCGCCUACAGGGAUUGUGCGCAUACUAUUGGUGUUAUCCUCGGCCGUCUGUCUGGCCUGCGAAUGCUCCGCGGGCACUGUACAGGUCGGCCUCUUUCUACUGCCACUCAUCGGACGCCUGAGGCUGAUGGUCUUCUGUGCGCUCUUCUCGCUACUCAUCACAUGCCUAAUGCUCUUUCUCGAUAUAUCGCAUAUAGCGCUCAUGUUUCCAUUCAAUUGGACGAAAGUGAAUACGUGGAUGUACCUGAGUGUUGGUUUAAUAUUUAUUUUGAGCUCCACGCUGCUCGUCCACAUGGUGCUGUAUGCCACUGAGUAUACAUUUGUGUCCAAGCACUCCAAGGACACGUUACUAGCCACGGGCAUAAUUGGCUAUAUUUGCGCCUUGGAGGCACUGCUGUUGUCCGGCAUUGCCUCGUGGCCCUGGUCCCAAUAUCGUCAGGUGCCCGACGAUGCCAGCGAACUGUUUAUCGAGGAUCGCGAAAUGACGCCGAUGAGUCCCAUCAACAGCACCGAUCUCCUGGCGCCGUAUCAGCACAGCAGCCAAACCAAUGGCAAUGCAACGGCCGCCGAUCAAUAUAACCAACAACAACAAUCGUCCUAUAAUCAAAAGCCUUAUAUACCUGCCAAACGACCCAAUGAGCUUAACCAGCGUCCAACAUUGGGUCACACACAAACCGCACGCAUCAAACCCAAUCAGCGUUAUCGCGAGGGCUAUCAUUACCAGCCGGUUGCGUCCACGUCCCGCCAGAGUCCCACAUUCGUCGUGGGCGAUGAUCUGGGUGCCGGUCCAUCCACAUCCCGUUCCAAUGAUAAUUCUAGUGCGUGAUAGUUUUUAUUCCUCAACGACAACAACAAGAAAUUUAUAUGAACAACAAAAACACAAAACAAAAACACAAAAAUCGAAAACUCAAAAACUUUGUCCACUAAAAAAAAAACAAAAUUUCAGCGUUAGAGAAAGUUGAGGUUGCAUUUUGGUCAAUGUAAAAGAUACAAAUUGUUGAUUAGUUUAAACAAUAAAGCAAAACUCGUCAAGAAGUUGAAAAACAAAGAAAAAACAAACAAAAACACAAAACAAAACGCAAGCAAACAAUAAUAAAUUUAAUAUCUGUGUGUGUGUGUAUAACAAGGUAAAUUACGAGCAGAACUUUAAUGAAUUUAAAACAGGAUGAACAAAUUGUAUGACAACAAAAACAAAUUUAGUUAAAAAAAAAAUGAGAAAAACACAAGUAAAAUUGUCGCAUAGGACUCGAAAGUUGAGCAACAUUUGGUUAGUUGUAUAAAAAAAAACUAUAUUGUUAGUCGAAAAGGAUUGAAAAAUCUUAAUUUGAAUGUGAACAAUGUGAAAUGAAAACAAGAAAAAAUAAAUAAUUGGCAAUGCUUUGGGCCAAUUGCACAAAAAAAUAUAUGAAAAACCAAAAAAAAAACACAAUUUUCGACAAAUUCGAAUGCAAGCGAAAAAAAGCGAGAAAAAGUGUCAUGAAAAACAGUCGCAUACAAUGAGCAUGGAAAUGGAAAAUCAACUUGUUAUAAACGUAGUUUUGCUUAUUUUUUAAUAAAAACAAUAAUUCAAGAAAAACCAACAACAA